AUGAAGAUCAAAGCCCUCAGCAGAUCCACAGCCUCGACACAGGCGCCGGGAUCAAGUGUCUCCAAGGUCACUCGGAAUCUCGAUCCCAACCAGCACCCGUUCGAACGCGCGCGAGAAUAUACAAGAGCUCUCAAUGCGACAAAGGUCGAGCGCAUGUUUGCGCAACCUUUUCUAGGCAGUUUCGAGCCCGGACAUGUUGACGGUGUAUACUCUUUUGCAAAGGACCCAAACUCUCUCGAGCAUUUUGCCAGUGGCAGCGGUGAUGGCAUUGUUAAAGUUUGGGAUUUUACAAGCAGAGAAGAGAAAUGGCAGGCACAAGCACACGAGAAUCUCGUCAAGGGCAUGUGCUGGACGCAGGACAAGAGGCUGAUAACCUGCGGUUCUGAUCGCCAAAUCCAAAUGUUCGAACCUUAUGCCCAGCCAUCUAGGUCGCCGCCCAAAGCAACCUGGCACGGCAAUUCAGCCUUCACAUCCGUCACACACCAUCGUUCGCUGCCCACCUUUGCUGCCGGUUCUAGCGUCAUUUCCAUCUACGACACAUCGAGAACUUCUGGAGCUCCAGUAUCAAGCCUCGUAUGGCCAUCGGCAAUCGAUACCAUUACGGAUGUCAAGUUCAAUCAAGUCGAAACCUCAAUCCUAGCAUCAUGCGCCACAGACAGAGCAAUCAUUCUAUAUGAUGCACGCACAAACUCGCCUCUCCACCGCACUGUUCUUAACUUUGCCGCAAACUGCAUUUCAUGGAACCCAAUGGAAGCCUACAACUUUGCUGUUGCCUCGGAAGAUCACAAUGGAUACAUUUUUGACAUGCGCAACAUGAAGCGGGCUUUGCAAGUUCUGAAAGGGCAUGUCGCAGCAGUCAUGUCGAUCGAGUUCUCCCCCACUGGCGAGGAACUCAUCACUGGCAGUUACGAUAAGACUAUCCGAUUGUGGGAGCGCCAAAAAGGCCAUUCUCGCGAUACUUACCAUACAAAGCGGAUGCAGCGCGUCUUCUCCGUGGCCUGGAGUCCCGACAACAACUACGUUCUCAGCGGAUCUGAUGACGGCAAUGUUCGCUUGUGGCGCGCAAGGGCGUCCGAACGACGCGGCGUCAAGUCAUUUGCCUUGCGACAGAAACUUCAAUAUGAAGAAGCACUCAUGGAGCGAUACAAGCACAUGCCAGAGAUCAAGCGCAUUCACAAGCAUAGGCAUCUUCCUAAGACGGUCAAGAAGGCUGGUGAGAUCAAGAAUGAGGAACUCAAGUCUCUUAAGAGGAAGGAGGAAAAUGAAAGGAGACAUACAAAGAAGGGUGAGGUCAGACGAAGAGCUGAGCGUGAAAAGAUGAUCCUAGCGCGAGAGCAAUAA